AUGAAGGCCCCUGCCAGAGAUCCACGGGUAGGAGCGAUCGGGAUGGAUCACGCUGCUCAACGGGGCCCCACCGAUGGUCGCGUAGCUUUCCGACGCGGUCCAGUUGCGCCAUCUGCCACCGCUUUUGGUGCUCCGGAAAAGGAAGGGGCAACAAUGGGGGAUGGUGAGGUUCAUUUCCGUGGUGGCUACGGGCGCGGAAGGCCUAUGUAA